AUGCGUUUCCACUCUAUCGCUCUACUGACCGGCGCUACCACCGUUGCUGCUGGUAACACCGCAGACCUUCUCCUGCCCGGCUUCCAGGGCAUGAACCUCCAAGCCGGUAUCAUCGGCAGCGAGGGAGAUGCGACUACCUACCGUAUCAACUGCCCCCAGACUGUGGCCGCCACUGCUUGUGGUAUCCCCGGCGAGGGCAUGACUGCGAUUGCCGCCCCAACUUCCAUGCAGCUCCGCAACAUCAACAUGCAGGGAACCACUGGAACUCUGUCCUGCAAUGUUGAAGGCACCACUUACGCCUCUUGCCAGGCUUCCGCCGGGACUGUCACUCCCUCCGGCACUCUCGGCUCAGCCGAUCUCAACUGGAUGCCCGUGACCGUCACCGGUCCCUGCUCUACCAGCACCCCGACUCCCACGUCGACUCCCACCCCAACCCCAACCCCAUCCAGCACCACCGAGAUCGUGACUCCCACCCAAACCCCCACCUCCACCUCCACCGUGACCCCAACCAUGACCCCGAGCAUGACCCCCAAGAAGUCCUCCUCGGCGCUCAUCUCCACCCCCCUCGCCACUUCCACUCCCCUGGUUGCGGCCCCCACCACCGACGCCGUCAUCUCCGCAACUGGCUCGCCCUCCGCUUCCCCAUCGGCCUUCAACGCCGCCGGCCAGCUCGGCGGAAACCUCUGGACCGUCGGCGGUGCCGCCCUGGCCCUGGCCUGCGCUUUCAUUUAA